UUUUUAAAAUUGGAUAAAUGUGCCGGCGCGGUUUCGUUCAAGUCUAAGUUGUGUGUAAUUGGUUGUAGCUUCAGAUGUUUAUUUACUUCAAUAAGUGUUAUACCUAAAAUGUAUUACAAUUCUUGUAACAAGUACAAACAGUCAAUGAGAGCGGUGAUAAUGAAACGACGCUUACGAAUGCACGGAUCGGGUUUCUGCGAUUUUCCUAUCUAGAACUUUUUCAUUUUCAUUUCCCUUCUCGUUUACUUUUAUUUACUUUUAUGUCUAUUAGCAAGCAUUCAGGCAUAGCACGCGGUCACACGUUCUACAAGCGUAUAAAUGUCGCACUUUCCUUGUAAAUUUUAUGCAUAACGUCUUAUUAGUAUUUGGCGCGAAACUCUACCGAGUUUCUUCAUAACUUGGCCCUAGUCUGACUUCGCGGCUUGUCUGCACUGUAUUAAGUGAACAGGAAUUGUCUAGGGUGGUAUAUAAAAUAAAUAAACAGUCAAGGCCUAUAAACUUGUCUAAACGCUUCCCCUUCUUUUGACAUAAUUGUAUACUUUCGAAAUGGAAAUCAAAAUAACUUCGAUGAAGAAGGGAAAGUGCACUCAUUUCCCUGCUACUGCUAUACAAGUACAAGUUACGAACAUAGUAACUCCCUAUUUUAUUAGAAUCUACAAUGGUGAAACUUAUUCUUCACGAUUAUCCAAGGUGAACAGAGAAUUGCAACGACGUGUGCAAAAAGAAGUGCUUAAAAAUGAUGAGUCAAUCAUGCCUCAAAUCCAAGAUUCAGUCGUAGUACACAUGUUUGACAAGAAAAUAGACAUUCCCUCAUGGUGGUGCAGAGGAAUUGUCGGGUCAUUAAAUACCGCUACCUCAAAAUACAAUGUUUUUCUGCCAGACUACGGCAAUGCUAUUGAGCUGUCUAGAAAGGAUUUUAGUAUUGUUCCAAAGAAUUUUUUUAACGAUAUCGAUUACUUAACAUUUACCAUCGGUUUAUAUAAUAUAAUACCUGCUGGUGUUGAUUCUAUGGAUAAUAGUAAACAGAAUCAAAGUGUUACAAUUUUUGAGGACUGGAGUGCGGCAGCAAUUCAAUUUACCAAAGAAUUAUUAAUAGCAGCACAACAGAUAUAUUUCGAAGUCUUAGCAACUGAAAAUAACAGAAAAUUUGGUGAUUUGUACCUGAUUAUGGAGGAUGAAAUCUUAUCGUUGAGAGAAACAUUAGUAUACAAUCAAUUUGCUGUUUAUUUAGACAGUGAACUUGUAGAGUCAAUUGAAAAUCCUGCGAUUAAUGGUGGAAUGGCUAAUGGUGACAUUAAUUCAUGUACUACAAGUAACGGCAGGGAAUUAGUUAAUGGAGAGAAACAAUCCUUGCAUGAAGGUACAGAUGACGAAGUGCCAACUUCUGGCGAAGAAGCAAGCAAUAAAUUUCUGGUUGCGCAAACGUUGAAGAAGAUUGUACAUUCAACUUUAGUGGCAGCAGAUGAUCCACAAGAGACGUUAGUUUGCAGCAAGACUAAAUGCAAAUAUUUAUGUGAGAUUGCAGAUGCUAAAUUUACUACCGGUAUUCAUCAGGGUUUGAAAAUGUUAGAGUUUGAAAAGCCUUUGAGUAUACAGUCAUAUGUUUGGCCUGCUAUUAUGAGUGGGUUAGACGUCGUAGCCAUUGGGCCUCCUAAAAGUGGAAAAACAAUGGCUUACGUAGCUCCAGUCGCAAGCACUAUCACAACUUACAAAUUGUUAUCCGAAGGAAACAAUACUGUGAUAUUGAUAUUGUGUUCAUCGUCAUCCGAUUGCCUUGAUGCGGAAGCUUAUUUUUCUUAUUUACUAUUAAGAUAUCCACGUAUUCAUUGUGUAACAGCAAUUAACGGAAAAUCGGAGAGAUCGUUGGUGGCGAAAAUGUACAAUGGAUGUCAAAUUUUAAUAUCAACACCACCGUUUUUGACUAGAUUUAUGAACAAGUAUAAAAAGAUACUCAAUAUCGAUGGACUCACUCAUUUAAUACUUGAUGGUGCUGACAUGAUGUUUGACAAAUAUUUUCAAUCGCUUGCAGAAUUAUUCAGUAAGCACAGAGUCAUUUGCAACAGGGAUCGUCAGGAUUUGAGUACUCCACUGUUGCAAAUAAUAACAGUUGCACGUGAAUGGACUCCAUUUGUGAAAAAAUUUGUGAUGACAUCCAUGGAUAAUCCAUAUGUAUGUAUUAGAUCAUACAUGGAAGCAGCAGUGUAUGGAUGCGUACGAGCUACUUUGCAUUGCAUGGUCUCGCAGGGGAAGAACGAAAAAACUUUGGAACUAUUACAGAAAAGCGAAUCAAAUCUUAAAACAAUGAUAAUUUGUGCUAAUUAUGACGAAGCUGUGGAUGUGAAUGCUUUUCUAACCUCUCAAUCGAAAAAGACACUUCUCGUACAUGAAAAAACAGUUUUAACUGAAAUGCAAGGCGUUAGAAGUUACUGGAUGGCCAGUGUAUGGGGAGAAUAUCCAAUUCUUAUAUGCACAGACGAGGUUCUCUCAGAACUGAAAAUAACCGAUGUUGAGUGGUUGAUACAUUAUUCUGUUAACGUAAAAACGAAGACGAUGUUUUAUAACAGAUUUAAAUGUCUUAUGAAUAAUUGGAAAAUGAAAAACAACAACUGUAAAGUUACGAUAAUGGUAGACGAAACAAAUAACAAGGAAUUUUAUGGAGUAGUGAAUACAGUUCAGCGAUUAGGUGCUAAGAUAUCUCAGAAUUUACGCCAGGCAGUUAAACGUAUUUCUGUAACUUUGGAUAGAGAAAAGAAGCAUUAUCCCAUUUGCGAUAAAGUGAAAGCCUUGGGCUAUUGUCCAAAGAAACAUUCAUGCAUCUAUCGACAUUGUGUUCUUCGUGAAGUGGACAUGCCGAUGACUGACAUCAAAAUUGGAGAUAAUGUACAAUUAUUGGUUACCUACAUUCAUGAUGCGACUCAUUAUUCAGCACGAAUCAUAAAGUAUACAAAUCCAGAUACUAAUAAAAUAACGGCAUUCCCUGCCGAUGAGUAUGCACGAUUUCAUAUAAAAAUGCAAGAAUAUUACUCCGUUUUUGAUAACAAGAAGAAGAAAAGAGGAGUGAGUGUAGGUGAUAUCUGCGUGAUGGAAGAAAUGAUGGAUAGGUACAAAAGAGUGCAAAUUUUACACAUUGUGGAGAGUACAAUUCGUGAUGAUUUAAAUAUUGUAAGAGUAAGAUGUAUUGAUGACGGUAUGAUUUUUCAGAAAAGAAUGGCUUAUGAACUACUUGAAAUACCCGAUGAACUGUUAAAAUGGCCAGUUCAUAUAGUUGAGGUGUUCUUAGCUGGUAUUUCACCAUUUGAUAGUGAAACUGACUGGAACCGUUGUGUUGACGAUGCAGUACAUCAAUGGUUUGACACAUUUUUGGAUAAAGAGUCAUAUGUUUGUGGAAAGGUGUGUCUCCAUCUUGGUAAUACGUUGUGGAUGGAGUCAUUGGAGAUUCGAUCAUCGCUGAUUGGUUGUAAUGAUUUCUUUAACUCAUCUCUGAAAACAGAACUUAUAAAUACUAAGCAUGGAGUCAAAAAUGGUGAUCAUAUGAAAUAUUUGUUAGAACUUUGUAAAGCUGACGGAUUAACAUGGAUUAAUGAUCAUGUCAUAGAAGAAGGUGAUACCAUGCCAGAUUAAUUACACAAGAAAAGACCAAACUGUACCUUUUAUUAAAGUUUUUGUAUUUUUUUGAAAGUACUUAUAAAAGACAUUGGUUUAAUAUUGUCUACUUUCCUUUUUAUUGACAAGGCAAAGACAAUGUAAUUUGAGAAACUCCAAAAUAGACAUUUGGCAUUGUAACAAAAUAAAUGGUACAUUAGUGUCUUGAUUUCGUAA